AGUGACAUCAGUCGGACCAUGUCCACCAUCUCCUCCCCUCUCUGAACUUCUCGAUGUGAGCUGAAAUGGCGGCAGCACCUGGUAUAAGGAGGGUGAUCGUCCUAUACGAUGGCACAUGGUGCGGCCGCACAACCAACACCAGGAGCAAUAUCCACCUCCUCGCGACAAUGAUCGGGGUCAAUAUGGCAGCGCCACAGCCUUCAUACCCCUCGCCACCGGGUUCGCCGCAAGAUAUACGGGCCAGAUACUUCGACGGAGUCGGCUCGAACGGCAAGUUUACGAACUACCUGUGGAAUGGCGCCUUUGCAACGCAGGCGAGAGACGAAUGCACCGAGGUUUACAGGUUCAUUGUCCAGAAUUUCACUUGGGACCACAUGUUCACACUGAGGUAUGGAUGUUCGGCAUCAGCCGAGGAGCCUACAUCGUCAGAUCCGUUGCCGGUUUGAUCAACAAUUGCUGCAUCAUCAUUAUGCAAAUCCAGCGAACACUGCUCUCAUCGAUCAGGCCUACAGCCUGUAUCGGAACCCACACCCAAUCCACCACCCAUCAUCGCCCGAGAUGGUCGAUUUCAGAUCGAGAGUCAGUCACGCAGUACGGACACCAAUAAAGUUCAUGGGCAUUUUCGACACUGUCGGGAGUCGUGGCAUUCCAAGGCUGAACUACGACACUGAAACAGGAUUCGAGUGGCCCGAGUUUUACGACAACGUGGUGUCGACUGUGGUAAAGAAGGUCUACCAUGCCCUGGCGAUCCACGAUAGGUUUUGGAUAUUUGAACCAUGCCUAGCAUCAAGGGACCCGAGGCAUACUCCAUCAGAGAAAGUUUGAGAGUUGCAUUUGGGCUUGCGUCUCUUGAAGAACCUCCAAUCGUUGCCCAUUCCACGGAAGAUCGGGCUGUGUGAAGUAUCUUCCUACUAACCAGAAAAGUUUUGGCACAACAUUAUAAACUCUGCACGCCCCUGCCAUAGUACUCGUGUCGUUCAGGAAAUGAGGCCGUAUUCACCGUUUGCCUUGAACAUGCAUCUCUCGGCAUAAUAUUAAGGUUCGGGGCUAUUGUUGCAGCACGCUACGGCCGUUGUUACCUAAUGUACGAGGACCAAUACAAACAGUAGCAGCUUAAACCACAGGGUACGGGCCG